CAGAUGUUUCAUUGCAAACCACAGCGACUGGAGACAAAAUAGAGGUUUCUGGAAAGGCAUGCAGGGCCCCCAGCUGGAAGGGAGGAGGAGCAGGUAAGCCGCGCAGAGCAGGAGCACCCGGGGGCCCUGCCGCACCCAGACUCCAGCUCCCCGGAGGAGGAGCACGCAGGCCACCUGGGAACACCUGCACCCACCAGCUCAGGAGCCACGGUGCACCUCACAGACCCCACGCCCACGGGGCCUAAGACGCAGACCCAAAACAUGUGCGUCCGUGUGUGGAGUUCUAGAACGGGCAAAGGCAGGGACCGGGGCAGGAAUCAUAUUAGCGGCUGCCGCAGGGGCCACCCUGGGACGUGGGGUUGCACAGGUGUGUGCAUUUGCUAAAACGCAUCGGACUGCGCGUUUAAAAACCUGUGCGUUUUGUCCUGCGUGAAUCCCAUCCCGAGGGAAACAUGAAAUGAAGCAGGAGCUGUCCUUUAGCUGACAACAAAUCCGUCAGUCCGGGGACAGAUCGUGCGCCUGGGUAGCUCGGGCCACAAACACACCCUUGCUUGGCCGGGGACGGGGCACCCCUCCAGACGGCUCCCCAAGACCACGAGGGAGGGUGGUUUCUGGAAGGCUCUCCAAGGAGCCGCUGUCAGAGGGAAGGAGAGCCGUCAGCCUUGUGCUUGGAGCACGAACAGGAAGGUCCGGUCUGUUCACUUCAGGUGUGAAAGGAUGCCAGCGGUCAGUUUCACGAGUCCCGCACCAAGAAAGUGGGCCUGGGGCGGCAGCCGUGGGCGGGACACGCGUGCAACUUCCCUGCAAAGUCCUUCCGGCGAUUGCAGUGGGCAAAACCGUGGGUCUCUCACCUUUGCCACCUGCAGAAGACAGGCGACCCAAGCAGCAGCAGCUCUCAUUCUGGGGAGAGGGCGGGGCGGAAAUGCCCCGAAUUCGGGGACUGUGCUCGGGGGACGGGGACUGUGCUGGGGACUUUCCCCAAGGCUUGGCCCGAGAGCAAACAGUGUGGUCCCCUUGAGUCAGCGCCCCCCGCUUCCCAAAAAAACAAAACCUCAGAGGCAAGUGCUGGUCACAUGGCACACCAGCUGUCGGACCCUCUCUGUGUGUCCGCCGCAUGUGCUCUGGUGUCCCAGGGCUUUUAAACCCUCCUGCCGGCGCCCGGCAGCUGCCACCGGGGCCUUCUCCGUGGCGAGCCCGGCCUGGGGCCUGCAGGCCUGCGCCCGCCGCAGCCUCCCUAGCAGCCCAUGGGGACGCUGGUGGCCAAGCUGCUCCUGCCCACCCUCAGCAGCCUGGCCUUCCUGCCCACCGCCAGCAUAGCCGCCAAGAGGCGGUUCCACAUGGAGGCCAUGGUCUACCUCUUCACCACCUUCUUCGUGGCGCUCCACCACGCCUGCAGCGGGCCCGGCCUUUCCGUGCUGUGCUUCAUGCGCCACGACGUCCUGGAGUACUUCGGCGUGUACGGCACCGCGCUGAGCAUGUGGGUGUCCCUCAUGGCCCUGGCCGACUUCGACGAGCCCAAGAGGUCGACGCUGGUGAUGCUGGGCGUCCUGACCAUCGCCGUGCGCGUCUACCACGACCGCCGGGGCUACGGCGUGUACUCGGGCCCCAUCGGCACGGCCGUCCUCAUCAUCGCGGCCAAGUGGCUGCAGAAGAUGAGGGAGAAGAAGGGCCUGUACCCCGACACGAGCGUCUACACCCAGCAGCUGGGCCCCGGCCUCUGCUUCGGCGCCCUGGCCCUCAUGCUCCGCUUCUUCUUCGAGGACUGGGACUACACCUACGUCCACAGCUUCUACCACUGCGCCCUGGCCAUGUCCUUUGUCCUGCUGCUGCCCAAGGUCAACAAGAAAGCGGGAACCUCGGGGGCCCCGGCCAAGCUGGACUGCUCCACCCUGUGCUGCGCCUGCGUCUGAC